CUGGUCACACCACUGUCCACUAGAAGAAUAUAUGACAUAUAGUUGACAGCAAAUCGUUUUUGGAUCUGAGUGCUAGGCUUUAUCAAAGAUAGUCUGUCAAAUAAAGCAUAAAUCGUCGUUGCAAUGGAAUUCUCCUUUGAAUAUCCCUUAAACGGGCUCAUCAAUAAGCUGUUGAACCUAUUCACGGCUAUGGAGGAUAAGGACGCCUCUACUGCUCCGGUACUGUUCCAGCGAUGCGGCCUGCCCAUUCGUUUUCAUAUCGAGAACGUGUCCGACCAUGGAGACCUUAGCAUCGCUAACAACAGCAAGUAUUGGGAAGCCUUCUGUCGGAAGCACGGUCGCAAGAUGCGCCUGCACACGGACAAGGAGAUGGACCUAGUGCUGCCCAAUGAGGAGUCAAUGCAGUUUCUGAUCGAGCAGGCCAAAGACUGGGUGUUCCCCCUGCAGGAGAUCACGCCCCUUUACAAUAAUCGCUGCACGUUUAGUUUCCAGCGUCGUCCGGUUAUAGAUUACGUGCUGAGAACGGUGCUCCAGCAGGGCGCUCGAUAUGGCCACCACUCGAAGUUGGACAAAGCCCCCACCUUGUGCCUCACUCAGAGCCCGAGCCCGGACUCAACUCUCGACGAUGGGACCGAGCAGCUAGGUCACUAUCGCCUCCGUCAGCUCCUCGGGAUUACUCGUCGCCUAAUGGCCUACUCGACCUGGCGCCUGGUGGAUUUAGAGCAGCAAUCUGAUGACACUCUCCGCGUGACCGUGGAGGCACAACGUUGCCCCAAACAGCCGACAGACCACGUCUGUCUUGUCUGUGGACCCGUACUUGAGCCCGUCGGGAAGACAGCCACCACAAUAAACAAAGACAGCUACGUUACAUUACGCUCCAAGGACAUGAUACUUAUGGCCAUGCAUCGCAAUGGCGUCCGCAUGGGUAGUUCGCGCGGCGACUUUGAUGCCCUUAUCCAGCGCCUGGGCGCUGCUGCCGUGAUUGUGGAUCUGUUUGAAGUGCGCCACGCUUCAGCGGCCAAUGUGGUGCGCAAUGGAUCGGGAAGCUCUAAGGGGGCCUCGUACAUCCUGUACAAUUCGGCCCGCCUGGAGACGCUGCUGCGCACCUUCAAUGCCCAGGUGGAGGCGGGUGUCUACCAGCCACUGCCGCCGCUGGCUGACAUCGAUCUCAGUCUGUUGGAGGACGAUCAGCUUGACUGGAAACUGAUCUACGGCCACCUGCUGCCCUUCCCAGAGGUGGUCGAGUCCACGCUGAAUCUGCUGCAACAGGGCCAGUGUGAUGUGCACCUGCUGGUGCGCUACAUCAGCAGCCUGGCUUCCCUCUUCAGCCGCUACUACCGCCAGAAGAGGAUCCUCGUGCAGAUGCGGGACCAGCUGAUGCCAGUCCUCUAUGCCCGCGUCUACCUCGUCAUGGCGGUGCGUCAGGUGCUCAAUGUGGCCCUCUCGCUGCUCGGCAUAGAACCUGUGUCAUAUAUAUAGAUAUACACUCUAAUCAUAUUAGUAGCUGUAGUCCUCACCCAUUUACAACCGCACUUCUCUCCCCUACCUCUCUUCUGUGGUAGACGUUUCUGUUUGAGCAUUUAUUGUUGAACAAUAAUUUAAGAAUAAGACUGAGUUUUCACUUUUCUUAUGGAAAUACGGGGGGCUUGCAGGAUGACUUUGAUCGCAUCCCAUCCAAAUUCAUCAAUCCAAAAUAAGAUCGACUGUGAAGCUUAUUCUAUUAUGGAAUCCGAAGGUGGUAUGCCCAAGUGCCUGCGUGAUAAGAAAACAUCGGAUAAGACCCACACCCAGCUAGAUGUCGAGUAAGGUGGGUGUUUGCAAUAAUUGAUACGUGUAUUCUUCAAUAUGAAGGUAUUUAUCAAAUAAGACUACUAUA